AUGUCUACUAGUGGGAACACGAGCGUGCCGAAUGAAGACCCACUGGGGAUCGACAGACUGACCAUCGAUUACGAUUACUUACUCUAUAAGAUCAACGAUUACGUGGCCAGCAUCCAAUUGGAGACCACGGCGAUCUGUAGACGUCAAAAUGAGUUGAUACGGGAGCAGAUCAUUGAUCAAGUGAUGGAGAAGAAUAUCGAAGGGCUCAACAAUAUUCUGAAAAAAUGCGAGGAGCUCGAAAACCACUUUGACAUGCUGGACCAGAUCGCCGUCAUUUCCGAAAACUUCAAGGUGCGACUGGCGCGAGUCCUCAAGGAUUAUAAGCAGUUGAAGAGUUGA